AUGGCGGAUUCGCUGGGGGUGUCAGAUGAAAAAGACCCCGAAAACGACGACUACAUAGGGGUAAAAUUUUCCUGGACUGGCGCUGCGAGGUCGAAGAAGGCAAAUAUAUCUAGCUUGGCUGCGGACACGACAGAAACCCUGGGAUUCUUCGAGGAACCCGAUGUUAAAGACGAACAGCAGGAGCAUUCAGAUAUGGAUGAGUCUGAUGAGCCGUCUUUGUUGAGGUUCAUGUGUGCAGAGCUGACCAGGGGCUACUUCCUGGAACACAAUGAAGCUAAGUACACUGAGCGGAGAGAGAGAGUGUACACGUGCAUGAGGAUCCCCAGAGAACUGGAAAGGUUGAUGAUCUUUGGGUGGUUCUUGUGUCUGGAUGCCUUUCUGUAUGUGUUCACCCUGCUGCCCCUGAGAACUCUGCUGGCCUUCCUAAGGUUGUUGACUAUUCCUUGCUGUGGCCUAGGUAGCUCUCGGUUCAUGCAGCCAGCUCAGGUGUGUGACCUGCUGAAAGGUUUAAUCAUGGUGCUCUGUUACUCCAUGAUGCACUAUGUCGAUUAUGCCAUGAUGUACCACCUGAUCCGGGGCCAGUCAGUCAUCAAACUCUACAUCAUCUACAACAUGCUGGAGGUGGCAGACCGUCUUUUCUCGUCUUUUGGGCAAGACAUUCUGGAUGCACUCUAUUGGACGGCCACUGAGCCAAAGUCACAAAAGAGAGCCCACAUUGGCGUCAUUCCCCAUUUCUUCAUGGCCGUCUUUUAUGUCUUUCUGCAUGCCAUCCUCAUCAUGGUUCAGGCCUCUACUUUAAAUGUGGCCUUCAACUCGCAUAACAAAUCUCUUCUCACCAUUAUGAUGUCCAACAAUUUUGUUGAAAUCAAGGGAAGCGUGUUUAAAAAGUUUGAGAAGAACAACCUCUUUCAGAUGUCUAACAGUGAUAUUAAGGAGCGUUUCACAAACUAUGUAUUGCUUCUGAUUGUUUGCCUGAGGAACAUGGAACAGUUGUCCUGGAACACAGAUCACCUGUGGGUGCUGCUCCCAGAUGUCUUUGUGGUGAUCACUUCUGAGGUUGCAGUUGAUGUCGUCAAGCAUGCCUUCAUCACUAAAUUCAAUGACAUAACAGCUGAUGUCUACGGUGAAUAUAAAGCCAGCUUGGCCUUUGAGCUCGUCAGCAGUCGUCAACAGAAUGCAUACACAGACUACAGCGAUUCAGUGGCGCGAAGGAUGGGCUUCAUUCCACUGCCUCUGGCUGUGCUGCUGAUUCGAGUAGUGAUGAGCUCAGUGAAGAUCCAGGGUGCUCUCUCAUCUGUCUGUGUGCUUCUCUUUUAUCUUGGAUUAAUAACACUGAAAGUGUUGAACAGUAUAGUGCUGCUGGGAAAGUCCUGCCACUAUGUAAAAGAAGCCAACAUGGAGGUGAAGCAGUUUGACAGACCAACUGCUGAAAUUCCAAAACAAAAUCCCAAGAAAGCCAACCAAGCCAAAUCUCCUGCACCCAAAGACAAAAUUAAGGUUCAGCGACCCUCCACCAGCAUCACCAAGCAGCUGCCCCCAAGGGUGGGGCCUUUGCCCCCAGCUCCACCUCCUGUAUCUAAGGUGACUAGUGACCUGCCCCAAGAUUCUACCCUUAAACCAGAGGACGGCACCAGCGAGACACCAGAAUCCACUGAACUUAAACACAGAACCUCAAAAAAAAACCUUCUGGAGAUAGACCGCUUCACAAUUUGCGGCAACCGGAUCGGGUGAAUUUUAACCCAAUCACCAUAGUAACUGCUCAGGAACAAAACCUAAGACGACUCCGAAUCGGUCACCAUUGUAAAGGGGUUUUGGGCCCAGAGAGUUCUUCUGAAACUGAUAGUACUAUUAAUCUCCAACUGGAAAAUUGCUAUUUUAUCCCCUCUGCUUCUAUUCCAGCGGAAUAUCUACCAAAUUAUGUAGAGAGCGCAAGACAUUCCAAUUGAAAAUGGAGAGUCUGUUUACCCAUGGCAAGCUGGCAGAUCACAUGGUGUAGAGUCUAUUAUAUGUUCCUUUAGGAUAUGUCUCUGUCUCACACUUUAUCAUAGAGAGAACAUCCUGAACCAGUGGAAUAAACAUCUUGUAAAUUAUUCGUUGUCCUCCCACUCAAAAUUGGCCUUUGAGUCAAAACUAAGAGGCAACAUCGAAGGGAUUGUUCACCCAAAAAUAAAUGAUAAUUUACUCGCCCUCAUUUCAAGAAUUUUUAUCUCUGUGGAAAACAUAAAAACUGUUUCAAAAACAGCUUUCGCUUUCAUUGCAUUUUUUUUUUUUUCAUAAAUUGAAUGGUGACUGAGGCUAACAUUCUGUUCAACUGUUUCCUUUUGUGUUCCACGGAAGAAAGGAAGUCAUCGAGUUUGGAACAAAACAUUUUGGAUGAAUUCUCCCUUUGAAAAAGGCUUAGAGAUAGAAAACCGAUUUGAAUAAUAAACAGUUAAUAUACAACUCAUUAAAAUAAAAAGAUAAAGUUAUUUAUUCACACCCAUUUGGCUUAGAAUAAUGUGCUAACCAAUGAUGCUGCCAUUAGAAUUUAUCAGUAUGGUAAAUGUUUGUUUUUAGAAGUUGUAAAAUUUAUUGGUUCGGCUGAAGUCUGUAUUAUAACAGGUACAGUAUGAUAUACAGUAUAUUGUCAUCAUCUACUUAAAAUAUUCUUAAAACUCAUGACUGUCAGAAAGGGAAGGAUUGACUACACUAAUGUCAGGCCACUUAAUCAUUUAGUUCUGAAGUUUUUCUAUGUAUUCUAGGUAUACAAAUGUAUACAUGGUGCCAAUCCAGCUGACUGAACUUUGCACUGAUUUACCAUAUUAUCAUAAGCUGUACGGUAGAGUAUUUGUUGCUUAGUUUGUUUUGAUUAUGACAUUCACAUGUUUAUUCCAGUCAUGAAAGAGAAAAUAACUGAACUUUUGUUUCAUAUGAAGUGUAACAGUAUAAUUGGAGUUUCGUUAUUAUUUGUUUGAAUACAUUUUUGUAUUUUGAAAUUCAAAUCAUUUGUGACCAAUCAUAUACAGAGAGAUUAUAUUAUUUGAUAUACACCAAUCAGCCACAACAUUAAAACCGCCUGCCUAAUAUUGUGUAGGUCCCCCUCGUGCUGCCAAAACAGCGAAAACCUGCAUCUCAAAAUAGCAAUAUUCUUCUCCCUACAAUUGUACAGAGUGGUUAUCUGAGUUACUGUAGACUUUGCCAGUUCAAACCAGUCUGGCCAUUCUUUGUUGACCUCUCUCUCAUCAACAAGGUGUUUCCAUCCACAGAACUGCCACUCACUGGGUGUAUUUCGUUUUUGGCACCAUUUGGAGUAAAUAGAGGACUGUUGAUUGUGAAAAUCCCAGAAGAUCAGCAGUUACAGAAAUACUCAAACCAGCCCUUCUGGCACCAGCAAUCAUGCCACGCUCCAAAUCACCUAGAUCACAUUUUUCCACAUUCUGAUGGUUGCUGUGAACAUUAACUGAAGCUCCUGACCCGUAUCUGCGUUAUUUUAUGUACUGCACUGCUGCCACAUGAUUGGCUGAUUAGAUAUUCGCGUGGGUGAAUGUUGGUGUUAGAUGGGCUGGUUUGAGUAUUUCUGUAACUGCUGAUCUCCUGGGAUUUUCACACACAACAGUCUCUAGAACUUACUCAGCAUGGUGUGGAAAAAAAAAAAUCCAGUGAGUGGCAGUGCUGUGGAUGGCGCCUUUUUGUUGAAGGAGGUCAACCGAGAAUGGUCAGACUGGUAACUCAGAUAACCCCUCUGUACAAUUGUAGUGAGAAGAAGAAUAUCAUCUCUGAAUGCUAUUCUGAGAUGCGGGUUGGAGCUGUUUUGGUGGCAUGAGGGGGACCUACACAAUAUUAGGAAGGUGGUUUUAAUGUUGAGGGUGAUCAGUGUAAAAAUUUUUGUUUGUUAGUUAAAUUAUACUGUAAUGGGUAAUAGUACAAUGGCAUAUUUAUACUAUGUUAUAGUUUUGCUGAUUGGUUGCCUUUGCAAAGUUGAAUGACAUGCGAAUGCCAAAAUCUAAAUCUGUACAGCCUACAGUAUGUCUUGAAUUUACCUCCAUUAUACAGUUAAUUCUGCACAGGUACUGAAAGUGCUUGAAAAAUUCUGUUGAUAGUAUAGUAAGUAUAAUAUACUGUAGAUUAAAUGAGAAAGUUCUUUUGAGAGUUAGUCCAUAGAAGUGUUCCUUCCACGAUUUGUCAUUUGCCUUUUUUAAAUGUAACUAUAUUUGAUUUUAUUUGUUAUCAUUGUAAACAUCAGAUCACUAUUUUGGAGAUAUUCUGCAUAUGGUUGCACAUGUCUCUUGACCUUAUGGUGUGUUCUCAUUUCAUGUUUUUGAAAUGCUAGAAGUAAUUUUAUACAUAAAGGCUGAAGACUAAACCAUUUGUUUUUAUGUAACUGCAGCCUGGU